CUUCCAUACUUCCAUAGUCAACUCUGUGACAACACUUUUCCUUUAAGGGGACAUAGAUUAUAUAUUCCAAGACAGAAGUCGCAUUAUUUUUUCAACCAGUAGACUAAAAUACAUUUACAGUAAAUGUUGUUUUGUAUAAUCUACAUUAUAUUAAUGCUAUAAUAUUUGACAUUUAAGAGAUUAUGAACGGUAAAGAAUAUAGGCUGGAUGUCUCUGUGCACGGGUGAUGGCAGCACGUUCACAGUCAUAUGAUAGCAACUCCAGUGACACUGAGAACUGGGAACGAAAAACAACCAGCCGAACUCGCAGACUCUGCAAGCACUCGAGUGCUCAGUCGCGUGCAUCUCGACUGGAGGUAGAUCGGGUGAAGAUGAGUCUACAUGGUGCUAGCGGGGGCUGUGACCGCUCCAGCGACCGCUCUCGGGACUCCUCACACGAGAGGGGAGAGGGCCAGCUCACCCCCUGCAUUAGGAACAUUACCUCACCCACCCGCCAGUACAACAGCGACCGUGAGCGGGACGGUGGCUCCAGGCCCAGCAGCCCCCGGCCUCAGAGGAUUUCACCCAGCAGCUCCAGUAGCAGUGGGGUGAUCAGCAGCCGUAACAGCAGCCUGUCCAGCACGGAGGGCUGCUUCAAGAGCCUGGGGGUGGGGGAGGUGGUGUUUGUGUAUGAGAAUACGAAGGAGGGACUGGGCACGGGCAUGGGUACCCGCAGCAUCAGGACGCCAGGCUCCGAGAGGGUCACUCUUAUUGUAGAUAACACGCGCUUCGUAGUUGACCCUUCAAUCUUCACAGCUCAGCCCAACACCAUGUUGGGAAGAAUGUUUGGAUCUGGAAGGGAACAUAAUUUCACCCGACCCAAUGAGAAAGGGGAGUAUGAGGUUGCUGAGGGCAUCAGCUCCACGGUAUUCAGAGCCAUCCUGGAUUACUACAAAUCUGGAAUAAUCCGUUGCCCCGAUGGAAUCUCCAUUCCUGAGCUGAGAGAGGCGUGUGACUAUCUGUGCAUCUCCUUUGACUUCAGCACCAUCAAGUGCAGAGACCUCAGUGCCCUCAUGCAUGAGCUGUCUAAUGAUGGUGCCCGGUGCCAGUUUGAGUUUUACCUGGAGGAGAUGGUUGUGCCUUUGAUGGUGACCAGCGCACAAAGCGGGGAGAGGGAAUGCCACAUCGUUGUGCUCACUGAUGAUGAUGUAGUGGACUGGGACGAAGAGUACCCGCCACAGAUGGGAGAAGAGUACUCGCAGAUAAUAUACAGUACAAAACUAUACCGGUUCUUCAAGUACAUAGAAAAUAGAGAUGUUGCCAAAUCAGUUUUAAAGGAGAGAGGCCUAAAGAAAAUAAGAUUGGGAAUUGAAGGUUACCCUACAUAUAAAGAGAAGGUGAAGAAGCGCCCUGGUGGCCGUCCUGAGGUCAUCUACAACUAUGUCCAGAGGCCCUUCAUUCGCAUGUCCUGGGAAAAGGAGGAGGGGAAAAGCCGCCAUGUUGACUUCCAGUGUGUGAAGAGCAAGUCCAUCACUAAUCUGGCCGCAGCGGCUGCAGACAUCCCCCAGGACCAACUGGUCAACAUGCACCCCGGCCCUCAGGUGGACGAGCUGGACAUCCUCCCCAACCAGCCCCUCAGUGGACACCACAACGAUCCCGGCGACCCAGAUGCCCCCUCACCUGCCGUCUGAGGACGGCCCAUCCCCGACACCUCCCUCCCCAGCGUACUGCAUGGAGCAAGAGGGGCACCAUAACCAUAUUGCCUUGGCACCUCCUCCACAGCCUUAGAGCCUCAAGGACCUGGUCGACUGUAAAAAAUUUAAAAUAGAAAAUAAUAAAAGAGAACCCGUAAGGAACUAGACUGGCAAAAGGGCAUAUUUCUCCUUUUUCAUUUUUUUUUUACUUGACCAAAGGAACUUAUGUUUUCUGUUAAGUGUUUGAAAUGAAUUUAGCAAACCCAUUUAUUUGUUAUUAUUUUGAACAUAUUAUUUACUGUGGUUACUGUGCAUCAUUUGAUGAGUUUGGGUUGUGCACUGUUUGGUGUUAGUGUUCUACCCCUCAGUGUUUUUCACUGGUGUUGUUCUGGACUCCUGGGAGGCCAGACAAAUGAAUACCAUAACUGUUUGGAGAACAGGGGCAGAGUGUGAUGCCUGGCCAAGGAAAUGACAGUUGUAUUCCCCUCCGAUAUCCUUUUAGUCAACAGGGUGAGCUGGUUGACAUGGGAUUGGUAUGUAAUGCUGCGCUCUUCCCUGUGUAAUCAGCAGGACCUCGAAUGUUGUGAUCGGAAUCCUUUUAUUAAAAGCUUGAAAAAUCAUUGUUUAAAAUAAAGACAUUGAAUCACUACCCAAUAUGGUGUUUUAGUCAU